GAGCACCUGGUGGCGUUUGCUAGCCUCGCGGGGAGCUGGGGUUUAGAGCGGUGCUCUCGUGUGCGCAGUUAGAGCAGGUCUCUGAUUGAAAAAUAAAGACGUCCAAAGACCUGUGGCUUACUUUACAAGCUAGCUAGCCAGCUGUAUGUCAGUUAGCAGUUUGUUUUUACUUCCACACAAACCCCUAUCCAAAAAAAAUCUCUGCGUUCAUUGACUGUCCGAAACAGGACACCGCGUGCUGUUUUGGGUGCUCAAAGCAUUUUUAAGGUUUUAACGUGUUUUAUUGUUUUGCGAGAUUGACAAAGGUCGAACGAACAGCAUAUCUCGCACUCACUUGGAUUUAACUUGUUGCUGAAUCGAUAUACUCGGAGUAAGACACGACACAAACGAGCUGGAACUUGCGGGUCGAUAAAGGAGUUCUUCUCAGUUGUCGGUGUCUUAGGUAUGUCUGUAGUGAGAAGUCUGUCACCGGACAGGUAACGGGUGUGUUGGUGCUGACAUGGCAAUACUGCAGCUCCUGUUUCCGAUCAUCGCCCUCCUCAUCGCCGGGGCAACCGCACAGGACCACGAGUGGCACUUCAACUCAGCUCAGUGUCGUUACGCUCUGGGGAUGGAAGACGGCGCUAUUCCGGACUCGGCCAUCACCGCCUCCAGCGCCUGGUCCGACUCCACCGAGGCCAAACACGGCAGGCUGAGUACCGGAGCGGGUGAUGGGGCGUGGUGUCCCAAGGGCUCGGUCUUCCCCCACGGCACUGAGUUCCUCCAGAUCGACCUGCGCUCGCUGUACUUCCUGUCUCUGGUGGGCACGCAGGGUCGCCACGCCGACGGGCACGGCCGCGAGUUCGCCCGCAGCUACCGCCUCCAUUAUUCUCGCGACGGGCGCCAGUGGCUCACCUGGAGAGACCGCUGGGGCCAGGAGGUGGUGUCGGGGAACGAGAACACGUACGACGUGGUUCUGAAGGACCUGGGCCCGCCCAUCGUGGCCCGCAUGGUCCGCUUCUACCCGCUGGCCGACCGGGUCAUGAGCGUCUGUCUCCGCGUGGAGCUGUACGGCUGCCUGUGGAACGGUGAGAGGGAGGGAGGGAGAGGGAGGGAGGGAGUGUAUCCCAGCAUGCACCUGUCCCUGAGUCAGGCGGCGGCGGUGUCCGGCCCGUACUGUACUCUUGCGUGUGAGGAAGGGGGGGUGACCCUGUGUUCCGCGUUCGGCAGGGUGCAGUUCGGGGGUCUGGGGCAGCUGUGCGACGGGGUCCUGGGAGGCGAUGACUUCACCGAGAGCAAGGAGCUGCGGGUGUGGCCCGGGUACGACUACCUGGGCUGGAGCCGGGAGGCGCUGGGGCAGGGCAGCGUGGACAUCGAGUUCCACUUCGAGAAGACCCGCGCCUUCCACACCAUGCAGGUCCACAGUAAUAACAGGCACUCCCAGGGCGUGCGAGUCUUCAGUAAGGUGGAGUGCCAGUUCAAGGCGGGGCUGCUGUCGCCGUGGUCGAGCCCGCCCCUCGCUCUCCUGGUGCCCCUCUCGGAUCUGAAGGACCCCUCCUCGCGCCCCGUCUCCCUGCCCCUGGGGGGGCGCGCCGCCCAGAUCCUGCGCUGCCAGUUCGCCUUCGCCGAUCGCUGGCUGCUCAUCAGCGAGAUCUCCUUCUACUCCGAGCCGUUCGAGGAGCCGCCUCAGACGGGCGAGCUGCCGCCCGUGGUGCCGCCCGCCCCCCCGACCACCUCGCCUCCGCCCACCAACGCCUCCUCCACCCCUGCCCCCACCCCCACGGCCACCUCUCCCAAACACACCAGCGCCCACAGUGACCCCCCCACUACCUACCCAGCGAUCAACAGCACAGCCAACAGCUCGCUGUCAGGUGUGGAAUUUGCAGCCAUGACCCCAAGAGCAGGGUUACCAGUUGCCAAGGACGACAGCAGCAAUACAGCCAUCCUGAUUGGCUGCUUGGUGGGCAUCAUCCUCUUGCUAUUGGCUGUCAUCGCCGUUAUUCUUUGGAGGCAGUACUGGAAGAAAAUUCUGGGCAAGGCCCAGGGCAGCCUCUCCAGUGACGAGAUGCACGUCCACCUGUCGGUCCCCUCCGACAACGUGGUGAUCAACAACACGCACACGUACUCCAGCCGCUACCAGCGCAUACACACCUCCCCCGAGGCAGAGCGGCCAGGAGACCAGGAGCCCUGCGCCCUGCUGCGCCCGCAGGCGCGCAGGCCGCAGACAGCCUUGCUGUUAAACAACCCAGCCUAUCACCUGCUACUGUCUGACCAGCGGCAUGACCCAACCUGGCUGCACAACUGCACCAGUGCCCAGGAAAAGACACACAAUGUAGCACCGCAGGCGUGUGGGUUUGACCUGGACGAGAAGGUCCCGCCCGCCCAGGAGGAGCCGCCCCCCUACCCGGGGGCCCCGCCCUACCCCCAGCUGCCCUCGGUGCCCCCGCCCCUCCUGCUGGCGUCGGGCCCCGCCAGCGUGCCGCACUACGCCGAGGCCGACAUCAUCAGCCUGCAGGGCGUCAGCGGCAACAACACCUACGCCGUCCCCGCCCUGUCGGCCCCCGCGGAGUGCCCCCCCCUCCCGGAGCUGCCCCGCCACUUCCUCGUCUUCAAGGAGAAGCUGGGCGAGGGGCAGUUUGGAGAGGUGCACUUGUGCGAGAUCGAGAACCCCCAGGACCUGCCCAACCUGGAGUUCCCCUUCAACGUGCGGAAGGGGCGCCCCCUGCUGGUGGCCGUGAAGAUACUGCGGCCCGAUGCCUCAAAGAAUGCCAGAAAUGACUUCCUGAAGGAGGUGAAGAUCCUGUCCCGCCUGAAGGACCCCAACAUCAUUCGGCUGCUGGGCGUGUGCGUGAGCAGCGACCCCCUGUGCAUGGUGACGGAGUACAUGGAGAGCGGGGACCUCAACCAGUACCUCUCCCAGAGAGUCCUGCUGGACAAGGCCGGGCCCUCACACAGCAGCCCCACCGUCAGUUACCCCGCCCUUAUCUCCAUGGCCAGCCAGAUCGCGUCUGGGAUGAAGUUCCUCUCCUCCCUGAACUUUGUGCACCGCGACCUGGCCACCCGGAACUGCCUGGUGGGCGGGGCGCGGGACGGGGAUCAGGAGAUCAAGAUCGCCGAUUUCGGGAUGAGCAGGAACCUGUACGCUGGAGAUUACUACAGGAUCCAGGGCCGCGCGGUGCUGCCCAUUCGCUGGAUGGCCUGGGAGUGUAUACUCAUGGGGAAGUUCACCACGGCCAGCGACGUGUGGGCGUUCGGCGUGACCCUGUGGGAGAUGCUGAGCGUGUGCCAGGAGCAGCCGUACUCCACGCUGACCGACGAGCAGGUCAUCGACAACGCGGGGGAGUUCUUCAGGGACCACGGGCGGCAGGUGUAUCUGACCCGGCCGGCCGUGUGUCCCCAGGGCCUGUACGAGCUGAUGCUCAGCUGCUGGAACCGGGACUGCAAGCUCCGCCCCGCCUUCGCUCACAUCCACUCCUUCCUCACCGAGGACGCCAUGAACAUGGUGUAGAGAGAGGAGAGUAGUCCCCCCCCCAUCACUCCUGAGAGAGAGAGAGGGAGAGAGAGAGAGAGUGGGAGAGAGGGAGAGGGAGAGAGAGUGAGAGGGGGGGGAGGGAGCGAGAGAGAGUGAGAGAGAGAGGGAGGGAGUGUGAGAGAGGGAGAGUGAGAGAGAGUGAGAGAGAGGGAGGGUAGGAGGGAGAGAGACAGAGGGAGAGUUGAGGAGAUGCUUGAGAGAGUAAAUCCACUCAUAGGAGCAGCCGGAGUGAAUGUGUACCGCGGGGCUGAAGAUGGAGGCGUGGGUGUAGGCGUAGGCAGAUGGAAAUGAGAGAAUGGGAAGCUUGUAAAUUUUGUAUUUGUUGGCAGGAGGGCGGGGCUGAGGCACCGCUGGCUCGGCUCACAGUCAGACCCCGCCUCCCCAACCCCCACCUCCCGAAAUCCUAUUUUUCCAACGUUUCAUUUGAUUGUAAUCAAGACAGCAGGUGGCGGGUGUUUGCAGCUGAGCUAGUAUCUGAAUAGCGCGUAGAGGGCUGUGAAUCUUUAGUGCUGCACUGUAAAUAUGUACUGUACAUGGCCUGUCUGACUACCACAUUAAAGUACCUGAUCAUUCAGGAAAAAAAAAAAAACUGAACUAAGUACAUGUAGGCUAUUGUAACACACUAAUAGGAAUACACACUCAUAGGAAAUCUACAUAAAUUUCCGGUUAUAUUUUUGAAUAGCCCCAUUUGAAAGUGAACAUUUACCUGAUAAUAAAUAUCUUUUUCUAUGAUAAA